CAAAUCCAAUAACGAAAAAGGUCGUAGCACCGUUUCAAACAUGAAAGCCUAUGCACCUGCGGCGUACCGAAAUAACAACUCGCUAUAUAAAUAUAAUUAACUCUAUUUUUUCAAAAUCUUUUCGGUGAACUUUCUUCCACGACGAACGGAGAAACAGAGACAGGUUGGUUGGUAACUUUCGUUGUUUGUUGCCUUCUGUUAAGGUUCUUCUUCUUCCUCUUCCCGUACUCAGACCUGCGCGACUCAUCUUCGUUUACUCUUCAAUUCCAUUUAGCUUCUGAGCACGAUAAAGAAUUUUGUCGGUUGAAACUACCAAGUCAGCGUUCACUUCCAGCAUUGAUUUUUCUUUCAUUCCAAGCAAUCGUGUACUUUGGUUUUCUUCUAAUCCGGCUUUCAGGGAUUACCCAAUACUAGAAAUUGUGUUAAUUAGGCAUUGAAUAAUAAGUAUUAUGAAUUGAUCACCCCCUACUGUAGUGAGUUUAUUAUCGGAUGGCCAGUGGUGCCGGUGACCAUAACGACGCUGUUUUGAGCGAUGUGGAGGGGGAGGAUCCGGUUCCCAUCGUUAUUAGAACUCCGAACUUGGAUGAUGUAUCUGUAGAAAGAUAUGGCGAGCUCCUCGUAGAGCUCGAUCGCGAGAGAGCUGCUCGCGAGGUAGCUGAGACGUCCAAAUCCGAAUUGCAGGUUAAAUUCAAUCGGUUAAAGGCGCUUGCGCAUGAGGCGAUUAAGAAGCGAGACGAGUGCGCGAGCCAGCGGGACGAAGCCUUGCGCGAGAAGGAAGAAGCUUUGAAAGAGAAAGAGAGAGUAUCUGCGGAAUUGCUUGAAUUAAGUAAGUUAAAGGAGGAGUCUGUGAAGCAGAGAGAGGAGAUUGGGAAGCAAUUUGAUGAGGCGGUGAAAGAUAGGGAUGCAUUGCAAUCGGAGAUUGCGAAUUCGAGGCACAUGCUAGUUAGUGGAAUUGAGAAGAUAUCUGGUAAAGUGAGUAACUUCAAGAAUUUUGCUGCGUUGGGGUUGCCUAGUUCGCAGAAAUACAAUGGAUUGCCGGCUGUUGCUUAUGGGGUUAUUAAGAGGACAAAUGAGAUUGUUGAGGAGCUACUUAGGCAGAUUGAUGCCACUGCAAAAUCUAGAAAUGAAGCAAGAGAACAGAUGGAGCAGAGGAAUUAUGAGAUUGCCAUUGAGGUUUCUCAGCUUGAAGCUACAAUCAGUGGAUUAAGAGAUGAAGUAGAGAAAAAGAAUUCAUUGAUUGAUAAUUUAGAGAAGAAUGUCGUGGAAAAGGAAGGGAAGGUUUCAGAAAUAGAGAGACAAAUGUUUGAGAAGACAAAUUUAGUAGAGAAUGAAGCUUUGGAGCUGAGGAAGUUAAUUAGCGAGUAUGAUGAUAAGCUGAGGAAUUUGGAGUCAAGAAUGGAAUUACAGAGGCCUUUAUUGAUUGAUCAGUUGACUUUGGUGGCAAAAAUUCAUGACAGGCUUUAUGAUGUUAUUAAGAUAGUUGAUACUAAUCAUUUGGAUUCGCAGCUGUCAGAGUCCCUGUUUCUUCCACAACAGACAGACAUGGCGGAGAACAUACGUGCCUCUUUAGCGGGGAUGGAAUCAUGUUAUGAGUUAACUAGAAUCGUGGUGGAAAAAACAAGGGAUUUGUUGGAGGAGAAGACUCAUGAAGCAAAGAGUUUCAAGGAAACGUUAGGUCGAUUGGUUAAGGAGAAAGUACACAUUGGAUCUUUACUUAGAAGUGCUUUGUCAAAGAGGAUGAAAUUGGACCAAUCUUCCAAAACGAACGAAUUGUUCAAAGCUGCAGAGAAUGGUUUAAGAGAGGCUGGCAUAGAUUUCAAAUUUGAUAAGAUUCUCGUGGAUCAUAAGCUUCCAACUUCACAAAAUAAAGAUGGCUCUUUAGAUAUGGAAGAGGAUGAAAUAUUUACUUUGGCUGGUGCUUUGGAGAAUAUUGUCAAGACAUCUCAGCUUGAGAUCAUUGAGCUGCAGCAUUCUGUGGAGGAAUUGAGGGCAGAAGCGAGUUUACUUAAAGAGCACGAAGAGGCUCAAGCAAAGGAGCUGGACCAUAGAUUGCAUAGAAUAGAGGAACUUGAAGAGAAGGAGAGAGUGGCAAAUGAAAGUGUUGAGGGGCUAAUGCUGGACAUUGCUGCUGCUGAAGAAGAAAUUACAAGAUGGAAAGUAGCAGCGGAGCAAGAGGCUGCUGCUGGUCGAGCUGUUGAGCAAGACUUUGUCGCUAAGCUGUCAGCAGUUAAACAGGAACUUGAAGAGACAAGGCUAACCAUGUUAGAAUCAGAGAAAAAGCUAAAACUCAAAGAAGAGACGGCUGUUGCUGCCAUGGCAGCAAGAGAGGCUGCUGAGAAGUCAUUGAGAUUGGCUGACAUGAGGGCAUCUAGACUGAGGGAUAGAGUGGAGGAGCUCAGCCGUCAGCUUGAUGAGUUUGAAACUCGAGAAGACUCAAGGGGUCGAAAUGGUCCUAGAUAUGUAUGUUGGCCAUGGCAGUGGCUUGGACUUGACUUUGUGGGUUUACGCAAACCUGAGGAAGAACAACAGACUUCAAAUGAAAUGGAGCUUUCUGAACCCCUUUUAUGAUUAUACCUUUUCCCUUUGUUCAUCUUUUCUUUCUGCUGUAUUUAUUUUGAACUUUCAAAUUCUUUACACAUUCAAGAAAUGGCAGUUUGUUACACACUUCUUCAA